AUGGGGACCAUUCUGCCCAAUACGGACAUGUCGGAGGACUGUCUACCUCUCAAUAUAUAUGCCCCUGUAACUGAAAGCAAAGAACUAAGAGCAGUGAUGGUUUGGAUACACGGCGGAGGCUAUGGCGCAGGGCAGGAAAUUGACGAAGCUUUUGGGAAAGUUGACUGGAUGGUGGGUUCGUUGUCGGACGAGGGGAAUUUGAUGCUCUAUAUGGCAGCUCUAAUGCAGGGUCUUCAUGGCUACAACUUCACUGAAGGAAUCCCAGAGGAUGUGUUAAACACCAAACUCAUUCCUCCAAUUCUGAAAACAUUUUAUUCCGAAAAUCCAGAUAUGGUGAAGAAGUACAUCCACGAUUUCUACACUCAUAAGGCGGACCGCAUAGAAAACACACUCGCAUAUCGCGACAUGUUCAGUGACAUAAUGUUCAAUCAGCAUAUCCCAGAGUCUUCCCUCGCCCAUCUGCGAGCUAAGGGAACAAACUCACAGGCCUCCACAUACUCCUAUCACAUAACGCACGUGCUGAGUGGACACAGCAUCGUGGAUUUUUAUAUGUUUGGACUUAGUUUACCGCCUUGGGCGACAUGUUCCUCUCACGCCGAUGACGUCCCACUCACCUUUGGCAAAGGUUAUUUCGUGUCGGACCCGACCUUCACGUGGACGGAGGAAGAUCAAAGGGCCGCCGACGUCGUGAUGACGUAUUGGACAAAUUUUGCAAAGACAGGAAACCCCAAUCAAGGACGGCCGCUAGAGGGCGUGGCAACAUGGGAGGAGUACACCAAGGACAAGAAGGGCUACAUCAACAUCGGCAAACAAACUGAGAUGGGAUACGAUCUUCUACCAGAGAGGAUAAAGCUGUGGAUGCGUACGAUUCCUGAGGAGAUUGAAAGAGAAAGAGCAUCGAAACAAAAGCCAGAGCUGUGAUUUGUAGCUGUAUCAAUA